UCCAAAUUUAAAUGUCGAAACACUUGAUUUUUUUGGUUUUGUUACAUCUUUUGUUGGCGAAGGAGAGCCGAUGUUACAGACCUUUUCUGAUGAUCCAUGGGAUAAACUCCGAUUACACCAGCAUGCACCAAAUAAAAUCAUGGGUUAACGAAGACUUCCCGGAGAUGUUGACAGUAUCGCUGGACGCGUUUAACAAUCAGUACAGCAUUAUAACACUAACAACUCAGGUUCCGCACUUCGCAGAGAUGGUGAAGAACAUCACGGAUAUUUACGGAAGCGUGAACUUGUUGGGUUACUCGCAGGGUGGAAUUGUUGCCAGAGGGGUUAUUGAAAUGGGGAAUAACCCGAACAUUAACAACUUUAUUUCACUAUCUGCACCAGGUCUGGGCGAAUACGGAGUCCCUUUUCUCAAUUCUACAGGAUUUUUUGAAAACGUGCUCUCCGGAGGUGUUUACAAAGUGUGCUACAACAAAGCCGGUCAGCUUAUUUCGGGUUGUAACUACUGGAAUGAUCCAAACCAACACGAACUCUACCUCUCCAAGAACGUCUAUCUGCCAUUCCUAAAUAACGAAAUCAAACAUGAAAACUCGAGCAAGUAUAAAGAAAACUUCAGCAACUUGAGUCGGCUGGUUUUGAUAGGAGGACCUGACGAUCACGUGAUUCAGCCGUGGCAAAGUGCACAGUAUAGUUUCUGGGAUGAAGAAUUGAAUGUUGUUCCUUAUAACCAGCUGGGUUAUUACACUGAUGAUUUGUUUGGCCUCAGGGCUUUAGACGAGCAAGGGAAGAUAACUUUCUGUACCUUCCCUGGUGUUCAUCACACCCAUUGGCCCCACAACAGAGAAGUGUAUGAAAAAUGCAUCAGACCCUAUCUUGGUUGAGAGCCGUCACUAACAGGGGUACGGCGUAACAAAAAGAAGACAGAUCAUAAAGCAGACAUAUUUCAGGCCAAUCAGAAUCGAGAAAAGGAAACAAGCGUACGCGAGAACAAUAAAUAAUUUUUUAUUUCCCACGUUUGUUUUCUUAUCUUGAUUGUGAUUGCCUCACAUGUGUCUUUUAUGACCUGUCUACUUUUUGACCGCACUCAAAAUGACAGAAACUGAUUUUAUGUUCAAUACUUUAAAAAUUUUGCAG